AUGGUGCUGGACAAGGGCUUGCUCACAGCCCUCGCCCAGGCAAAUGCUGGAGAAUGGAUCAUGGUAUUAUCCCUCGUCUUCGGGGGAUGCUGUUCCAAUGUCUGGGCACUUGAAGGUGUACUGAGAGAUCAUCCCAACUCUGGCACAUUCCUGACAUUUGCUCAAUUCACAUUCGUCGCAAUCCAGAACUUCUCCUCCCAGCUUCGCAUCGUCCGCACGAGGUCCGGGUGGCGGAUACCCCAACUUAAGAACAGAAAAGUGCCACUCAAGAGAUGGUCGGUGCAGGUCGUCUUGUUCUUUCUUGUUAGCUUGAUGAACAAUUACGCGUUCGGGUUGAAGAUCCCCGUAACGGUGCACAUCAUCUUUCGAAGCGGCGGGCUCUGUGUUUCCAUGAUGACAGGGUAUCUCGUGGGCAAACGGCGGUAUUCUGCUGGUCAGGUCUUUGCAGGCAUACUUAUCACAGCUGGCAUCAUCCUCGCAACUCUAUCAAAGCCAAAGCCUCCUCCCAUCAUGCGAAUCCAGGACGACGGAUUCUCUACCUCUUCGUCUGCUCCCAUUCCCAAAGUCGAUGAUACCACUGGCCGGUCGUGGAUCUCCCCAGACCACGAGUACUUUUUGGGUAUUGCCAUUCUUGCGGGUGCUCUGGUGCUAUCGGCCUUGCUCGGGCUGUAUCAGGAGCAGACGUAUAAGGUAUACGGGAGGCAAUGGAAAGAAGCUCUGUUCUAUGGGCAUUUCCUCUCCAUCCCGCUCUUCUCUCCCUUCUACUCUGAGCUCGUAUCAACCUAUCGCAACUACGCUUCUUCGGCACCCAUGACCCUCAUAUCCCUUCCCCUCCCCUCUCAAUCCCAUUUCACCUCCCUCACAUCCUCCCCCGCCCCUCCCACCUCCUCCCCGACGCUAAACAAGCUCAUAUCAUGGCAAGACCUCCUCAUCCCCAGCGCCCUCUUUGCCCUCGCGCUCAACCUCUUUACCCAGGGCCUUUGUGUCAGAGGCGUCAACAGGCUGACGACGCAGGUCAAUGCCGUGACAGUCAACUUGAUCUUGACCGUGAGAAAGGCAGUGAGCUUGGGUAUCAGUGUUUGGUACUAUGGAAGUGGGGCUACGAGCGGGCUGAUCAUCGGAGGGGGCAUGGUCUUGUUGGGCACGAUCCUGUACUCGGUAGCCCCGAGCCCUAAAGGUCUCCCAUCUGUCUCGGUCCAAGACAAAGCCAAAUCAUCUUCUCAACCGACACCUAUCGAGCUCGAGCCGGAAGCUGUCGAAUUGGAUGACCUCGGCCCUGCAGCUAGCACUGGGACAGAUGUCGGUGCAGAUCCACUAGCGUCUGCGGGUAUGAGGCAUCGGCCUGGUCCGUUGGAGGGAACGAAAUAG